AAUAAUGCUUCAGGGUAAUAAAACGGGGAAAACAGGAGGGUCUGCAAUAUGUUCAUUUACAAAAUGCUAUUAACAAGAAGGAAAAAUUGCUAUUGUACAAGCCUGUUCUUAGCGAUUGCAUGCAGCUUUAAGUGAAGCUUUUUUCUUUUUUGGACGUUGGAUCCCCAAAUCGAAGAAAUGAAGUCUAGUACCCUCUAUGUUACUGGGUUGGAACAGAGCAUUACUGAGCAAACAUUAAAGAAAGACUUUGAAAAAUAUUGUAAAGUAGAACGAGUGACAGUAAUAUGUGACAAACAAACGCGUUUGUCAAAAGGAUUUGCAUAUGUUCUGUGUGAAAGUCCGGAAGAUGCCACUUUGGGAAUGAAAGAAAUGGAUGGAAGGAUUAUGGCUGAUAAACCCAUAAAGGUGAAGUACUCUUUCAGCGAAACACCAGAAUGGGUGUCAGUGUUAGAAAGUCGUGGUACAUUAACUUCAACCAGAUCAAGGGGACGAGGAGUUGGUACUGGACGUGGUCAAUAUAAUCAAAGGGAGAUGAAUGGAAAUUCGUAUGGCAGAGGACGUGGUAAUUCACAUGGCAGAGGUCGUGGUGAUUCACAUGGCAGAGGUCGUGGUGAUUCACAUGGCAGAGGUCGUGGUGAUUCACAUGGCAGAGGUCGUGGUGAUUCCUAUGGAAGAGGCCAUAGUGAGUCCCAUGGAAGGGGGCGUAGUGAGUCCCAUGAAAGAGGCCGUGGCAAUAUAUUCAACAGAGGUCGCAAUAAUUUGUAUGGUGCAGGUCGUGACAGUACUUUUGAUUCCUAUGGAGAAGGUAGUGGUUAUGCCAAUGGGAGAGGACGUGGUGGUUCCUAUGGAAGAGGUCAUGGUGAUUCCUAUGGAAGAGGCCAUGUAGAUUCGUAUGGGAGAGGAGGUGGUGAUUCUUUUGGGAGAGGCGGUGAUGAUUCUUAUGGGACAGCCAGAGGUAACUCAUACGGAAGAGACAGAGAAGAUACCUAUGGGAAAAGUCAGGAAAAUUCAUUUGGUGUAGGACAAGCAGAUUCUGGUGAAAAAGGAGGUAGAGAUUCCUAUGGAAGAGAUUAUGGUGACUCAUACAGAAGAGGGCCUGGCAAUCCUAAUACUGGAAGGCAAGAUGAUCUGUAUCGAAUAGGACGUAACAGUGUUUUUUCAGAAUAUCCAGGAGAAGCAGAUAAAGGUGAUUCAAGUAUGCUGCAAAGAAGAACUAUUCCUAGAGACUCUUACGACUCCAACAUUCCUCCAGCAGGUGAGAGACGCAAACGUCCUCAUAUCGAUGCCUUUGACCCUCCAAGUUUGAUGUUGCAAAGAGUGGAAAGAGACAGUGAACUUAUUAAUCGUUUCAAUGGGAAGUUGCCAAGAAUAGACGAUGAACGUUAUGCAACAGACCGAAUAAGUGAAAGAUACCCCACUAGGAGUGCCAUAAAUUCAGUUGAUUAUGACUUACCUGGUCGUGGUGUGGGAAGUGUUGAUGUAUUGAGAAGGCCUGAAGAGUUUAGGCAGGAAAGACCAACCACACAGGGCUAUCGGUUAGAUGACUCUUUUUCAGCAGGUCCUAGAGAAGAGGCUAUGUACGCAAAACGAAAUACAUUGUCGGAAUAUACACGAGAAGAAUACAAUAAUGCUCCAAAUGGAAGAGAAAGAAUGUUGCCUGCAAGAGCUCAGGGUUAUGAAGAUGCACCACCGCAAAGGUACAAUGAAUCUGGAGGGAGGGGAGGCAUAGCGAGAGCUCAGCAACCAACCAUUGACAGGGGUUACAUGUCAGCUAAUAGAUUUGAUGGAAACAGUUGUCCUAGAGAACAGUCCCGUUAUGUACCAUUUUAAAAGGUGAGAAGAGAAGCAACACGUUUAACUAAAACAUCCACAAUUCUAAUACAAUCGGAAAACGUAUGCACAACUGGACUAAAUUUUAAAAAGCACCCACAUGUACUGCUUUUGCUAUUUUUCACUUUUUGUAUGAAUUUAGAACGAGAAGAAGUAAUUCUGUUUUCAUCGUAUUUAUUUUUAGAAAAAAAACAUACGAAAAACAAAUUUAAAACAUUUUAUGGGUUUAAAACUCAAUUAGAAAGCACACAGGAUAACGUUCAAGGUGUAAUUCAGAAAUCUAAAAUAGGGGCCAUUAAUUUCUGAAUUGACAUUUCACUAAGGUUGUUUGAGGAAAUAAGGUCUUAUUCCUUCACAACUUAUAUAAAAUGGCUCCAUAUUGUGAUGUAAAUACAGUUCCUUUUUCCAAUGAAUUGGGAAAUCCGAGAUCAAUUAAAAUUGGGAAAUAGCUGUAUAUAUACCGAGAAUGCUGGAUUACACCCUGAUUUUAUUUUACGUAUGCAGCCACUCAGUUAUAAUUUGAUUUAACUUUUUUAUGGAUAGGACGAGCCAUUUGCCAUUUGCAACAAGUUAAUUUUUUUGUUGCACGUUUGAUAAUUAUCUUUUAAAAAAUCUAGCUUGGUGUUGCAUGUUCAACAUUAAUUUAAUACAAAAGUAAAAAAAAAUCUAUAAAAUUCAUGAAGUUCAUGUUAAAAAUGCUAUCUGCCCAGCAAAUUAAAUCUGCCCAAACAGAAUGUCCAUUUGACUUUAAAAACCUAGAAACUAAAACUUACUAAACUGUUUAGUCAUACUUAUGAAAAAAACGUUCCAAAAAAUGUUUAGUCAUUGUUUACAAAAGUUAAUUUAUUAAAAAAACGUUUAUUUUCAAAGUAUUUUAUUUAUACUAUUAUUUAUCACUUAUUCUCCCCUAACAAAUUGUUCAGCAAAUAUUUAAGAUUUUGGCAAUUUUGAUGGUGAUUGUUUAAAUUUGGCAUUGCUCAUAAAGAAGUGUAUUUUAAAACACAAAACUUUUGCAGUUUGGUUAAAUUUUUACAUUUCGCAAGAAAACACUUUCACUCACUUUUUGUGCGGAUAAACGUUGUGCAAAUUUUGUGCAAUUUUUUUUUAAAAUUCGCCAAAAUUCUUUCCACUGAAAAAUGGUGAAAAAAAAUAACCUUAAAAUUAAGAAAAAAAGAAUAAACAGUACGUUUGGCAAAAAAACAAAAAGGCGUCAUAAAGAAAGAAAUAGAUUUGUUUUUAUUUACCUAAUGAAUAUUUUGCAAGGAUAACUAUUGUACAAAUUUAUAUUAUAAUACCCGUAUGCGUCUGUCUGUCUGUCUAUCACGCAAAAUGGUAGCUUAGCUGCGCAAGUAGCGAUACGCACGUGAUGUGGUAUGAAAAGGAUGGGCUAAUCCGUGGAUUUUUCCUAACAAUUAGGAUUUUUCUAACGAUUAGUAUAGUAUAAUUUCGGAUAAAUUAAAUAUUUGAAUAGUUGCAACCUUUUUUCAUGGUUCCUUAAGGCUUUAGCUAUCAGGAGUGUAUACUGUGUAAUCGUUAUGAACUUCUUGAAAUAAAGAAUUUAAAAUGUUCUUAAUAAAAAAAUGAAAAGAAGCUGCCAGCAAAAAAAUAUAAUAGAACGAAACAGAGACACUAAUGGCUGCAAAGUACCCAUACCAAGAAAACUAAAUUGACUCGGUUAGAACGGUUAAAUGUCCAUAAGAAGAGACUACAUACACAGAUAAUAUUUUCUCAAUUGCAAUAUAACAAUGGAUAAUAUACACACAAUAUCGAUAAAAGACUAAAUACACAAUAUCAAAUACAUGACAUACUCAAAAUUGAUAAAGAAAGUUACACGAUGUGCAUAUAGUGAAGCAAGACACAAAAAAGGUAUGUGAACUAUUUCAAAAAAAAAGCUGGCUAUGUAUUUUUUGCUUAAUUUAAAUUUAAAAGGAUUGCUUCAUUUUAUUAUUCUUCAAUACAGUGUACAGGUCUGUAUAGUUUUAAAAGUGUUAACUCUUCUAACAGUAGCUGAAAAUAAUACAAAGAAUCUAAAAAAAAAGCAAACACGCCAUAAGAGUACAAAUUAUUUGCAGAACAAAUUUGGAUAUUUUUUUGAAGAACCUUUUUCUUUUUAUAUGUAGCCCUUUUUUUCCAUUUCUUUGUUCUUCAAUUUCAUGUAGGAGUUUGUAAAGGACAAUACUGAUUUUGCUACUAAAAUUACUAAAUCUUUGGGAUCCAUUAAAAUUCAACUGUGCGUAUUUUUGGGAAAAUAUAGGAACCUGUAAAAAAAAUUUCUGUCAAAUGAAUCAUUUUUCCCCACUUGUCUGCAACUUGUCUUCCACAAAUAAUUUGUACCCUUAAGGUAAACAAAGCAAAAAAUUAUCGUUUAAGUAAAAAAAUGAUCAUUGGGUGAGUAAUUAAAAUAUUAAACAAACAAACAAACAAAAAAACAAA